AAUACUUACAACACGUUAUCAUACAAACAAUAAUCCAGAAAAAAAAUAUGGCCAAGAUCAUAUCUUUAGCAGUUGUUGGUACCAUCGCAAUAAUUUUGUUGUUGGUCAUUGCAGAACAAGCAAACGCAAUCACCGUUGAUGCUGAUUAUUAUGGACCGUGCACUAACAAUUGCCAACAACUUUGCAUAUCGAAAGGUUAUACUGAUUGGACUUGUGCAAUUUUUAAAACUGGGACGGGUUGUUGCUGCAAACCAAGAAAGAAACAAAUUUUUAAACAAGCUACUCAGUUGAACAACUAAACUGGUUUUUAGUAUCAUCACUAAAUAAUUUGUACGAUCACUAAAUAAGAAUUUCAAAUA